AUGAAUCCAGAAGAAGCGAUCACAAAACAGGAAGAAACCUUACAAAAAAAUAAAGAAGAAUGUGAAUCAAGUAUUAUUGAAAAGGUGGAGGUGGAGCAAAAUCAGAAAAUUAUGCAUCGAAUUGAAAUGGACGACGUGCUGGAAAAAAUUGAAGUUCCUUUCAAAAAAAUCCAGGAAAAUUUGUAUUUACUUGCCGUUGAUUGUAAAGAGGAUAUAGAGAAAACUGUAGAAAAAAUACAAAACAUAACUCGAGUCACAUGGUCGGUAAAACAAACCAGAAAAUUCGAAGCUCGCUCCAAUCGAACUUUAACCCUAUUCAAAAGGCUCUACGGCUGCCAUAUGGCAACCCGCAGAAGGGUCAAAACCAAAAAUAUCAAACGGAAAAAGUCCAGGAAUAUCGACUGUCCCGCACAAUUAAUAGUGACGAUAAGACGGUUUAUUUCCAACACCAAAUCCAAGAAUAGAGAGUCGCUACUCGAUAAAAAGUUUCCUUGUUCGUUCGAGUUCAGAAACGACCACAAUCAUCCACUAGACACUGUUGAAAUAUUAAAAGCCAGGCCUGUAGGAGACGAAACCAAACAAGCCAUUUUGGAUCUUUUAAAUAAAGGGCAUUCGUGCGCAUCGGCUUAUCACACUUACUACGUCAUAAAGGCUGAGGAGUUCGGGCCGGAUUACAAGGACAAAAUGACCGAUAGAUACUACUUUCCUAAGAGAAACGAUAUAUCCACUUUGUGGAAAAUGAACAAUUUUAAAGAAAAAAACGAGAAACAAAAUGGAGAUUAUACCCAUACCAUUAGGAAUCUAGAAGACAUAUUAAAUUCCUACCAGAAAAAGAACGGCACCUUAUACAGGAUAUCCGUUAUCAACGACUCCUACGUCGUCUGUAUUUGCACGCCUCUGAUGCAGAGAGCUGUGCAACAGAUAUCCGAAAUCUUAUUCAUAGAUUCAUCGAGUAGUGAGGUAAAAGAGCAUAAAAUAUAUUUUAUUUUAACUCAAUCCUCUGUUGGAGCCUUUCCUAUCAGUUGUAUUAUUACCAACAGUCAUAAUACAGAUAUGUUCAGCGAAGGCAUGAGACUAUUUUUUGAUAUGAUUAAUAUUCAACCUUCCAUCGUGCUCACGAGUGCAGAAAUAGUAGAAGAAAUAAUAUUGCAAAAAUUCUUUCCAUCGUCCAAAGUAAUUUACAGCUUUUAUCACACGUUGAAGUCUUGUUGGAGAUUUUUACAUGAUAUAAGACAUGAACUAGCCAAAGGCAAAAAAGAAUCAUACUAUCAGUUAUUCAGAGAAGUGGUAUUUUCCGAUAAUGAAGAAAGUUUGGUAGUGUCACGUCAAGUCUUGGCGGUAGAGUGUACGCAACCCAAAUUUUUAAAUUUCAUAGACACAAUGUACGAAUCAACCAAUUUAUGGUGUCUAUUUUAUCGCCAGUUCAUAUUAUUACGAGGAACAGACACUUUUAAUUAUAAUGAAGCUGAAAUAUCGUUCAGACUGUUUAGGCUUUUAUCUGAAAUUCCUUUAGAUAGAACUAAGCACUUCAACGCAACCCAAAUGGUCGAUUUUAUGUGCUGCGCUUUCGAAAAGUAUUACAGAAACAGAAUCCUCGAAAUAGUGCUCUGCAAGGAAAGUAGACAGUUGAAAGAAUGGUAUAUCAAGAAACCACCCCUGGACGACCUGCAAAUGCAAGAUAUCGGUCAUCAUCAGUAUCUUUUCAAGAGUGUUCGACGCGAUUCUCCAGAGGCGUAUUACCAAGUGGACAUGAUCACAAAUAUUUGCACUUGUUCUUAUGGCAUCCUCGGCAAAACCUGCGAACACGCUUCAGAAGUGAUCAUACGCUGUAACAUUUUUAUGCCGUUAUUAUCAGUGGAACAAAAGGCAGCUUACUAUUUCGUAGCAACCGGAAUACUAAAGCAUAAAAACUCGUUUUUACCUAGUCAAGAAGACUGUGGGGAUGAAGAAUACAAUAUAAUUUCUUGCAGUCCAAAAAGAAAUAUAGAAAUGGAGACUUCCGCAAAUGUGGAUCCUUCAUUUGAAGCCUGUUCUAACUAUGAAAGCACAAAAAAUAAAUGGAUAGCUUACUGUAACCAAGUCCUGCAACAUAUGGAGAAAGAUCCUGGCAAAUUCUUGCCUGCUAUCAACGCGCACCUGGAAAAUGUACAGAAAUACUCAACAUCAAUUCCAUUACUUUUGAAAGGACUGUAUGCUGGAUUUCCUUAUAAAGGAGAUGCUGAAAAACUACCUCCUCUAACUAUAAUUAACAAAACAAAUAUCGUAGACAAAUGUUCAGUCAAAACUUUCCUAAAUAAACCAGGAACAGAUACAAGUCAUAAUAAUGCGAAAAAUCAUCAGUCUUCAACCGUUAUAAAACAGCUUGACCAAGACGCAUGCGAUAAACCAACAAGUAUACCGAUAGAUCAAAUACCGUUGACUGAAUCUUCAUGGGGCAACAUUAAAAAUCCGUCUGAAACAACCCAAGAAAUAUCAAUUCACGAUAAUGCAACUGUAAACAUAAAAAACACAGAUGAGAUUUUAGAAAACAAGCCUAUUAUAUUUUCUGAAGACGAUCCACAAAGUAUAGGGCUGACAAUUGACACAAAUCGGAUAGUCAAAACAGAAAACGAUUCAUUGUUUGACGUUCCCAAAGAAAUUUACGUUGAUCAAUCGACCCUGGACGAAUUGUCGCAAUGUGAAAUGGCAGUUUUGGAUGAAAAGAAAGGAAUACUUAUUAUACCAUUAUCACAUUGAAUGAGAUCACAAACACUGACUGUUUAUAGUCUAUGUCUAGUGAUAUAAUUAAUAUAAUAGACAACUGUCACUGUCUUAUAUUCCUGCGCUGUAUAGUCCAUAGCUGUUUCAUGACUAGUGAGAAUUAACUAUAUUUAUGAAUCGCCAAUAUCGAAUUUUGUUACAUAUUACCAAAUAAUUAUUAUUAAAUAAUAUUGUUUGUAUAUAUGUUACGGUUAAGGUCCGAUGUCCGGUUAAUGUCGACAUUACCCGGUUAAU